CAAGGGGAGUGUUGAAGAGAUUGACCCUCAUGGCUAUCCGUAGAGCGCUUGCCUUCCGCCCACAACGCGUCAUAACAUGAAAUCGCAUGAAUGAGGCAUGUGCAGGCUGUUUGGAUUGUAGUAGACCUGUGUAACGCCAGAGACUUUGGUAACGCUACCCGCUACACUUUCUCCCACCAUACAGACACGUGUCGCAGAUUCAGGUUGGUUGGUAGUCUUUUAAACGAGCUGUAGUUUUAUAGCGCUUUAAAUGCGGCCCCUCUGUGUUCAAUCGGUUUGAACGCUAAACAGGUUAUCUUAGCUAAUGCGUCUGGUUGCAAACAACAUAGCUUAAAGUUAGUUCUUUCGUAGGCUAUUAUCCAUAUCAUAACGUUCUUUCUUCGGCGAAAGAAUAGGCUACGUCUUUACAUCUGUCCACUCUAUUUCAGUGCUGUUUAGCAAAACAGCGGGUUUGCUAAACCAAGUUUGUAACGGCCUCAGUUGUGUCAAGAAACACGUUUGUGAAACGACUCAUUCAUUCACAUAAUAUUAUAGCACUAGCUUUGCUGCAGAACUCGGUGUCAACAUGUCAGAAGCUGUCGACUCAAAGAAAAGGCACAGAAAACACUACGGCGGCCAGCGGAAUAAGAGACAGAAAGUUUCACGGGAACUUGAAGUGGGAAUGCAGGGUAUUCUCAUCACCUGUAACAUGAACGAGCGGAAAUGCACAUCAGAAGCCUACAACCUUCUCAACGAGUAUGCAGAGAAACUCUAUGGGCCGGAGAAAUUUGCGGAUGGGCAGGACAGCGGCAGUGAACAAGAUGCGAACGAGGAAGAGGAUGAUGCUGAGGCCGCCUUGAAGAAGGAGGUGACGCAAAUGCGAGAGUCCACAGCAAAGGGCCAGAGACGCUUCCAGGCCAUGGAGAGCGGCGCCAACAACGUGGUGUUCAUCCGGACACAGAACCUAGAGCCUGACCACCUGGUGCACCACAUCCUGCAGGAGCUGCACGCCACCAAGAAGAAAAAGUCGCGCGUCAUCCUUCGCAUGCUGCCCGUGUGCGGCACGUGUAAGGCCUUCCCCGAGGACAUGGAGAAGUACCUGAGCAGCUUCCUGGAGCCCUUCUUCAAGGCCCCCACUCAGGCCACCUACCAGAUCGCCUUCAAGGCCCGCAACAGUAGCCACAACAAGAGAGACGACGUCAUCAAGACCCUCGCUGCUCUGGUAGGGAAGUUGAACCCCAAGAACAAGGUGGACCUCACCAACCCUGAGCUAACAAUCAUCGUGGAGGUGAUCAAGAGUGUGUGCUGUGUGAGUGUCGUCAAGGACUACAUCCUCUUCAGGAAGUUCAACCUGCAGGAGGUGGCAAAGAACGACGGCGCCCCCUCCCAGGAGCCCAAAACAACCCCCGCGGCCUCCUCCGACAAACCGCCACAGGCCGACCAGGAGCAGCCGGAACAGCCAGAGAAGAAGAUAGGCGAGUGUGCUGAGGCGGCCGAGCCCCAGACGGAGGCUUCCGGAAACGGAAGUGCCGAGCAGAGCCGGACGAACACAACCCCAGCUAAAGGAGUGGAGUGAAGGGUACCGGGUGGUCGGGGGCUUGAGCUUUGCUGUAACUGUGCUUUGCUGGGGUGGGCUUCCCAAAAGCAUUGUUGUACAACCGCGUAGGUCUGGCAGGUUGUGGCACCAUCACCAACGCUUUCAGGGAAUUCCACCUCUGUGUGGCACAGAGAUGGUAGAUAUAAGUGCCCUGUAGUGGUCAAAGUUUUUCUCUUUUGUUUCUAUUUUUUUGUUUUUAAUUCUGUUUGACGUAUUUUGUUUUUUUUUUAUUUCCUAUCUGCUUAUUUGUAUUUUAACAGUAUUGGUUUAGUGUUUUCAUGUACCUGCUGAAUACAGCCACUGACCACAACAGGAGUGUGGUACGUUAGCACGUGUGCUUUGUUUCUAAGCUUUUUAGUGCUUUAAAAACUGUGACCAGCUUUUGAUUUUGAUUUACAUAACAAAACCUGGCCACUUCAAAAGCCCUGAGAGAGGCUGAGUAAUUUAAAUCGAUUCAUCCUUUACUGUUAUGAUGUUCUGUUUUUUAAACUUUGAGGAAAGACUUCCUUGUCUUUUAAUGUUAAACUUGAGGUAAAUAACUUUUGUUAAUUGUAACCAAGUUGUUAUAGAAUUUUGGUGUGUUGUGUGGAACUCUUAACAUCAACUAAUGACUCCAUACAAUGUGUAAACACAUACAAGUUUAAUAGCAGGACUAAAAUGCAGAUUUUCCCCCCUGAACAGUGUUUUUUUUUUUAAAUAAAAAAGAAACAUUCUUCAGAGAGACUUAUUUCCUUUCCUCUCCUUCAUGUGUGCUAGUUUGCACCAGUAGGGGGAGUCCUCUGGUAGUGUUUAACCACCCAUGAUGUGCAGUGUACAGAACAAUACUCAGUCAAACUAUUAAACAAAUUUGUACACUU